UACCUUAAACAAGAAAAAGUUUUUUUUUGCUUCACUUCGAAGUUUAACAUCAAUUAAAAAUGUUUUAGUUAAUUAAUCACGAUAAAUAAAUACAAAUCAAUGGCCUGAGGUGGACAAUAUAAAUAUGACGGAGUUAUUUAACUAUUGUCGCAUUUGUUUACAAACAAAAUCCAGCAAUACUUCUCUGUAUUUGCAUGUCCAGCAGAAGUAUUUGCCCAGUGUCAUAGAAAAUAUUUGUGGCGUAGUGAUCUCAUCUUUUGAUGAACCACAGGCUUUAAUAUGUCGCGAUUGUGCUGAGGCCAUUAUACGGGCCGACAAUAUCAUACAAAAAUGCCAGGAAUCACAUAAAUUGCUAGCAAACCAAAGAAAACAAUUGUUGCUAGAAGACAAGAAAACUGCUAAAAGUGAUGAACAGCAAAAUGAGGAAUGGCUGUUGGCGGCAGAGUGUAAAAAGGAAAUAGAUUUAAGUGAACCAACAGAGGAGUCGGAAAACUUUUCACAACAUUACUUUGUAGAACCUGAAAUGCUGGUAGAUCUAUAUUGGAAACUACUCUGCCGGAUUCACCCAGAACGAAGGCAAAAAGUAAAAUUUCCAGCAAUGUAAAUAAAACGGAGUGUAAAGAAAAAAAGGUA